UUGUUGUUGAAUCUAUUUCUCGUUGGUGAUUAAAAUACAAAGCUUCAAGUAUGGCGUACAGAUUAAUGUUACAGAAGUCUCGUAUGGCUUCGUAUAAAGAUAAAAAAUGUAUAUCUUAUUGAUACUUCAAAAGGAUUUUUCAGAAACAAAAUCCUAUUAGCAACGAAUCGUACUUGUUAACGUGUCGAAACAAAUUUAAUUCAUAAAAUAAGUUAUAAAAUAAGUAAUAUCUUAUCGAUCAUUGUUUUCAUUUAAUCACGAUUUUAAUCGAUAUUCAAGAAAUUAAAAUUGAAUAAUUAUGGCUGAUCCAACUAUACAAACUUUCUGUUGUCACCACUCAAAUAGAACAGAUAUGGCAAUUGUAAUAAUGCAGGAAUUUAAUACAGAUAUUUAUAAUGCAGUUUGCAUGUUUUCCUCAACAAUAGGUAUUCUAGGUGCAGUGUAUCAGAUACUGCCAAGAGAAACAUCUAGUCUCCCUCACCGGUGGCAAAGCUUUUCUUCAUCUAGAGGAAGAGAGAUUAUUAUAUGGCUUGCAAUUGCUGAUCUAUUAGCUUCAUUAGGUGUAUUUAUUAGAUCAGCAUUAUGGAUGAACUUUAAAUCUAUCAUGUCAAUGGAAGAUGAUACUUCAAAUGUUCUCUUUUGUGCACUUUCAUCGGCUUGGACCCAAUACUUUUAUAUGGCAACAUGGAUUUGGACUCUUUGCUAUGCCAUCGAUAUGAAACUAUUACUUGGAGAUAGAUCGGGAAAUCCUGCUUGUUAUCAUGCUUUUGCUUGGAUUUGUCCAGCAAUUUUAACCACCUUUGGUUUAACAAUUUUAUAUGUUCCAGAUGCAAAUUGCCAUAAUUUAACAUCUCUUUCCACUGCCAUACUACGCAUUUUGCCAAAUUAUUGCGCUACAUACGUGCUUUUAGCAGUAGUUAUGAUCAUCAAUCCCGUAUUGUAUUUCGCGUCCACGCGAGACCUUCAAACUGCAGUUACUUGCAGUUUAGCUCAAGUUACAGGAAGAGAAAGAAAACUGGUGCAAGCGAUAAAAGUCAAAUUUGCCUUAACUAAUAUUGUAUAUUAUGUGUGCUGGUUACCUAAUUUGAUCAAUGGAAUCUUACUAUGGACAUUAUGGUUCCACUUGCCUGCUAAAGCUAUCAUUACUCUUUGGUACAUAAUGGCUGUUACAAAUCCCCUUCAAGCAUUCUUCAAUGCACUCGUUUAUCAAAGAUGGGGUAAAAGAGAGAAAUUUCGAUUGGAGUGUUGCCAAAAGUUAGGAAGCUUUAAAUUGAAUCAAAUUACAAAAAGGGAUUCAGGAUUGCGUUUAUCUGAAUCGUCACCUUUGUUAGAUCCUAAAUACGGUUGUCCACCACAUACAAGUAUUAACGGUUCAUCUUCAAUUUAAACAACUGUGAUACAUGACAUUAGUUAUAGGCAUACAAUCUUAUUGAAUUUAUCAAAGUAUAAAUACUUUACUGCCUUAAAUAAUUCUUAAGUAAAGCUAUAUUUUUAACAUUUACAAGUUUUUGAAACUUGAAAGAGAUAACGUGCUCAAUCAUUCGCAAGAACAAACUAGAAGAGUUAAUAUUUAGAUAUAAGUAGAAUAUGAUUUUCUAAAGAGUAGUAUGUACUAAAGAGCUUUAUUAAAGACGUAUUUGUCAUUCCAAUACUUAACAAUAAGCAUAUUUGUUAAUUGUUAUAAAUAUAAAAGAUUUUAUUUUCUAAACACGUAAAAAGAAAACACAUGUACAAAAUAUUACUGUUUAAUUAAUACAACUCUUUCAUACAUCUAACAUUUCUUAUUUUGAUAUUUCAGUAUGAAUAACUGAAUUUUUUUUUUCACAAUCAGUAAGAAGCACCUUUAAAAAAUUCGUACCUGAAAAAAUAGUUUGUGCAGAAUUCUCGAAUAGAUAUUUUGAUUAAUAUGGUUUAGGCAAGAAACGCUUGCCUUGAUCAAGACUAUGUUUUCAGGGAACAAGUUCUAUUUAGAUUAGCACCAAAAAUUCUACAUAAAUGUGAAGAGUACCACUGGAGCAAAUUCAUUCGUUUGUUUUAUAUUAAACUUGGAAUGCAGUACAUAAUCAUAAUAAUGCUGUUGUUAGCUUUAAAGAAGUAUACUUAAAAAAAUGUAAUACUUACACACGAAUAAUGCUAUUAGUAUUAAUUGCCGAAAUACUGUAAAACUUGCGUUUGCAAGUGCAAGAAAAAGACACUGAAAUAAUUGCUUCUUCACUUUUGAAAAGAACCAACGUGCACCAUUAAAUUUAAUUGACUAAUACCUCAAAAUUAGUCUUGGACUGCAUAUAUUACAUUUGACAUAUUAUCAUCUAAA